CCAAUGUCUUCCUUCCGCAUCUUUCUGUUAUUUAUUUUAUUUCUUCUAAUUGUCGGAUUUGGAACAUGUGAUAAUACUAAUAACGAAACGUUAAAAGAAACGUAUGUCAGUCCAAUUGAAAAAUCAAUUCGAUUAUUUAUGAGAUCUGGACGAACGAUCAGUGAAAAAUUUACAAAUAUUAAAGAAGAGUUUAAAGAAGUAGUGUUUAAGAUACCAUUAUUAAAAAGGAAACCCAGAGAGAAGAACGAAACAUUGAUCAGCAGUAUUUUAAAUCCAAUUAAAUUAAAAAUUAAAGCAAUUUUUCCAGGAACAUAUUGGUGCGGCGAUGGCGAUAUAUCACCGAAUAAAGAGGAUCUCGGUUUCUUUGAAACAGCAGACGCUUGCUGCAAGGCUCACGAUUCUUGCCCAGAUGGUAUUCCAGCAGAAGGAAUACGAGAUGGACUUUUAAAUAAUGGUAUAUUCACGAGAUCACCAUGCGAGUGUGAUGACGCCUUCUACCGAUGUUUAAAGGACGCUAAUAAUAUUGUAGCAUUUAAAAUUGGAGCUACGUAUUUCAAUAUUUUAAAGCCUCAGUGUUUCAAAAAACAUUUACCCGUUGAUGAUUGUACAAAAUAUCCAUGGCUCAGUUUACUAAACAAUAAGUGUGAUAAAUAUACUAAUAAUUAUACUCAACCAGAGGCAUUGGAAUGGUUUGACAGUCCAAAGUUUACUAAUAUGUAAAAUAAAAAUUAUAAUUUUAAUAACAAAGUAUUUAAGCUUCGACAGUGUUUACUUUCUACAAAAUAUAUGGUACAAAAAUAUUAUAAAAAUGUUGAAGUGCAAUAAAAUACCGUAUACGUUA